AUGGUGGAUGGUACAAAGCUUCCCAUCCACGGCGAAGCAUCUCUGCAGCUGCAUGUAGAUUUCCUGAAGCGGUUCAACCCCGAGAUCGAUUGGGUCAACAGUAAAGUGUGCAUCUACAAUAACGGAAAGCGGAUAGAGCUACGAAGCUGGACGGAUACAGGGGAUGUUCCUGAAACGACAAUGGCACAGUUUGAACGGACGGUGAACGAGAGUAACACGGGUUACCUAGCACUGGUCAUGGCAGCAGCAGAGGAGGAGAAGCCGAGUUCGGAGCUUCCUGCAGCAGUGAAGGAGGUCUUGGAGCAGUACAAGGAUAUAAUGCCUGACAACCUACCCGCAGGCGUACCUCCAGCACGCACCCAUGAGCACGAGAUCGUGGAGGAACCAGGUGCGAAACCCGUCUCACGUGCACCAUACCGACUGAGUCUAACAGAACUGACAGACAUGAAGAAGCAGAUAGAAUAUUUACUGGACAGACAACUGAUCCGCCCAUCCACCUCUCCCUACAGUGCACCAGUUCUUUUCGCCCCAAAACCAGACGGCACUUUACGGAUGUGCAUCGACUACCACGCACUGAACAAACAGACAGUCAAAAAUAAGUAUCUACUAGACCAACUGCGUGGUGGCGGACAACUCGGUCCACAAGACAGCGUUCCGUACGAGAUACGGCUCCUACGAAUACUUGGUGAUGCCAUUCAGACUCAGCAACGCACCAGCAAUGUUCCAGGCGGAGAUGAACCAUAUCCGUCUCUGCUGGACGAGUGCGUAGUGGUGUACCUGGACGAUAUCCUCAUCUACUCCAAGAACAUGAAGGAGCACGUGGAGAAUCUACAGAAGGUGUUCGAGUUCCUGCGGAAAAACAUGUUCUACGUGAAGCUGUCAAAGAGUGACUUCGCCUCGAAGAAUGUGCAGUUUCUCGGGCACGUGGUGAGUGCGGAGGGCGUACACGUGGACCCGCGGAAAAUCGAAGCCGUCAAGAAGUGGAAAGUACCGGAGAACGUGAAGGAGUUGCAGCAGUUCCUAGGCUUCGCCAACUACCGCAACAGGUUCGUGCCUCAUUACGCUAAGAUAGCAGCACCACUGACCGACCUACUGACAAAGGAUACGCCCUUCAAAUGGGAUACUCCUCAUCAGCAAGCCAUGGAGCAGCUACAGACAGCACUGACCACAGCACCAGUACUCAUCCUACCGGACCCAGACAAGGACUACGUGGUGGAAGCAGACGCUAGUGACCAGGCAGUCGGAGCAGUACUGAUGCAGGAUCACGGACGCGGUUUACAGCCUAUCGCCUACCUUAGUAAGAAGCUACACGGAGCAGAACUGAACUACCCCAUUCACGACAAGGAAGCCUUAGCCAUUAUCGUAGCCUUCAAGGCGUGGUGGUGUUACCUAGAGGGAGCCAAGACCACAGUUUACACUGACCACUGCAGUCUCAAAUACCUGAAGUCGCAGCCGACGCUCUCACGACGACAGGUACGGUGGGUGGACUUCUUGGAGACCCACUUCCACUACGACAUCGUCUACAAACCCGGGCUACACAACAAAGCUGACGUGUUGUUCCGCGCCGGCCAUGUAGCAGGCAUCUAG